GAGUGGAGAGAGGGAGUGGAGGAGAGGAGAGAGGGAGAGAGAGAGGAGUGACAUGAGACAAACCCUCUGCGGAUCUAAACACCAGAGCCGCUCCGCUCCGCCGCCGCCCGCGAGCGCCGUCACUCCGACCCUCACGAUGCUGAGCGCUCACACCGGACACCUCAUACACCCCGAGUACCUGCAGCCCCUCUCCUCCACCCCCCUCAGCCCCAUCGAGCUGGAUGCCAAGAAGAGCCCUUUGGCUCUGUUGGCUCAGACCUGCUCCCAGAUCGGCAAGCCGGACUCCCAGUCGUCCUCCAAGCUGAGUUCCGUGACCUCCAGCGGGCUAAGCGAGAAGGAAUCCAUUCGUUCCUCUGCCCUGAAGCGUGGAGACUCUCCCGUCGACGACAAAUCCAGCUUCAAGCCUUACUCCAAAGGGGGAGAGAGCAGGAAGGAGGGCGGUUCCAAUGGCGGGGCGGAUAAAGUGGGAUUCCGUGUGCCUAGCGCCACCUGCCAGCCGUUCCCGGCCCGUCCGAGCUCUCCUCCCUCCAUCAGCUCCAGCUCCAGCUCCCCGACCCACAACGACGGCAAAGGCGCCGAGGUUCCUGACAAGAAGGAGCUGGAUUCGGGCAAGGCCUGCUCGGAGAGCCCUCCCCACCCCGGCCACAACCGGGUCAACGCCUCGGAGACCGGCCAGCACAGGGACAACCCGUCCGGGGGGGGCAAAGGCGAGGCUCCCGGGCUGGGCUCUGGCCAUGUGGCGCCCGUUUCCCCCUACAAACCCGGCCACUCCGUGUUCCCUCUGCCUCCAUCGACUAUGGGGUACCACGGGUCUAUCGUCGGAGCCUACGCCGGUUACCCCUCGCAGUUUGUGACCGGGAUAGACCCCAAGUCUGGCUUGGUGGGCAGCCAGUUAUCGGGCACUUUGGGUUGCGGCUUGACCGGGAAACCAGCUAACACCAGCCCCCUGACUGGAGCAUCUCCUCCGUCUUUCAUGCAAGGACUGUGUCGGGAUCCUUAUUGCCUGACCUACCACAACAGCCCUCACCUCGGCAGCAACGCAUGUUCCUCCUGCAUCCACGACCCUUCGACGUUAAAGUCCGGAUACCCCCUGGUCUACCCAUCGCACCCGUUCCAUUCAGUGCACUCGUCCGCCCUCUCUACCAGCGCUCACCCCUUGUACACCUAUGGCUUCAUGAUCCCAAACGACCCCAUCCCUCAUAUAUGCAACUGGGUUUCUGCGACCGGACCUUGCGAUAAGCGCUUUUCCUCCUCCGAAGAACUGCUCAACCACCUCCGCACGCACACUACGCUUCCCGGGGUGGAUAAGCUGCUGGCCGGGUACCCUGCCUCCAGCCUGGCCAGCGCCACAAGCUGCCAUCUCCAUCUCCCUCAAGGGGCCCCAGGAAGUCCUAAUGCUUUGCCCGGAUCUCUGUCCUUGAGGAGCCCGCAUAGCCUUGGGCUAAACAGAUACCAACCCUACAGCAAAAGCCAUUUGCCGGGUCACGGUGCACCCCCAGGGCUCAAUGGCCUCUCUAUGCCAAACGCGGGACCUUACUAUUCGCCCUACGCACUCUACGGACAGAGGCUGACAUCGGGAUCUGCCCUCGGAUAUCAGUGACAAGACAGCUCGCAGUUUGACCACAAUGGGGACUGACCCCCUUAUUUAUUUACUGUAUGUUAGCUGAAAGCAUUAUCCCACAACUCAAGCUCUAGGUAUGCAGCGCAAAUGUAUCUCGAAAUAACUUUUCUUCCUUUUCGACAUUUUCUUUUUUUUAAGGUUA